ACAGAUCAUAUAUGUUUCGACAAUUUUUAGUUGGCGAAACUUGAUUCUGAGUCAAAGAAACUAUGGGAUGCCAUUGGCAAAAACGAUUUCGCCCGAGGGUUAAUCCCCUGCAGGCGGCGGUUCAAUCGUGUCGACCCUACUUCGACCGCAGUACCUCUAGCAGCCGUCCGGUCGUCAACGUUGUCAGAGAAAAUAGGAAUGCGACAUUUUGCGUAAAACGUUCUCCCGAUGUUUCAACAAAUGGCCUGUAUACAGAGGGAUCUGCAAGGUUAGCACUGACACAGCGGUCACCCUGCGCUGCCGCUGGCAACCGUGAAGCAAUUCAGGCAGAGUCGAGCGAAAGCACACACCCGACGCCAGCACAAAGUGGCACUAAGCAUUUGCCUGAGAUAUUCCCUCGUGCUGUUUACAUACACAUGCCCUUCUGCGUGAAACGGUGUCACUUUUGUGCCUUCCCUGUAACUCUUCUGCCGGCAACUCCUCGGCGCCCACCACACUCGUUGCACUGCGCACCAGAGUCGCAAUGCCGAACGGGAGUUAGCUGCUCAUUUUCAAUGAAACAUAACUUUGGGAGUCACUCUGCCGGCUCUGCUCCCAUUUCUCCAAAUACUUCUCCGGCAGAUCUCAUGGAACUCUACGUCGAAGUUCUUUGUGAAGAAAUUGCAUAUUCGUUACGCGGCUGGAGUUCGGGUGCCAGUGAGCAAGAUCGGUACUCGUGGUUGGUUCCCGUGCAAAGAAACCUUCACGCAAUCCGUGCGAGCAGGGACCAUCAACACGAUCGUGGAUCGUUGCCAUUCCACUCCACGCCAGGAGAAGCACCUGCAAGUGGACAUUCUAAAACGAGCUCCCGACGGGGUCACUUGUGGGGAGCAUCCGGUGAAUUCUCCGAAACUCUUUUUCGGAGCAUUUACUUUGGCGGCGGUACGCCGUCGCUCAUUCCACCUCGCUUGCUGCGACGAGUGUUGACUGUACUGGAGGCAGAGGCUCACAGUUUGGAGCGAGCCUCGACAAGGAGGAUUCCCCCUUCAGCUGCGUCCUGUCGAGGGCGUGCUAACCGGGAAGCUGGAUGCUCUGGCAGUGACGAUGGCAAAGGAAGCCUGUCCCAGUCGGAUGAACUGACACAGCAUUCGCUGCAUGAAAUGGACUCUACUGGUAUUCGUGCCAGCAGGCUGUGCGAUGAGCUUACUAUCGAAAUCGAUCCGAACACAGUACACUCCAAAGAAUACCUUGAAGAGCUUGCAGACCUAGGGGUAACACGGUUCAGCGUUGGCGUUCAGUCGUUUGACGACGACAUUUUGAAACGAUUGGGGCGCUCGAAUGAUCGCGCGGGUAAUGUGCGAGUGCUUCAAUGUCUAAGAGAUCUUGUGCGCGAAUAUGAAAGACGAGGAAAACGGCUUUUAGUGUCGACUGACAUCCUACUGUCCUUCCAGAGGCGGGACCAGCUCCUCGAAGAUUUGCGGAUGUGCGUGGAGCUCGGUACCAGCCACAUAUCCCUCUACGGGCUGCAGGUUGAAAAACGUUCUGCAUUCGGACGGACGCUCCCCCAUGGUUUACUCCUAGAUGAUGAAGCUGCGGAGCUUCUCACUGAAGCCCACAACUGGCUUGUCGACCGUGGAUUUGAGCAUUAUGAGAUUUCGUCCUUCGCCCGCAUUGAGAAGCACAACGACGACUCGUGUUUCGUUGGAGAUACCUGCGACAAUGCAUCCAAACGGCCAAAAAUGGAUCCGGACUAUCGAUGCUUGCAUCACGAGGCCUACUGGCGCUCGGAGCCGUUUUUUGGCUUUGGUAUGGGUGCCGCGUCGUUCGUAAACCUGCACAGGUGGACAAGACCUGACAGGCUUGAGGCAUAUGUAAAAUGGGUUCGUGGCCCUCUAUCGCGAGACGGAUUUUUUGCUUCUACCUCAACGCCAACAGUCCUGUACAAGGAUCCCUGGCGGAAUCAAAGCGAAAAUCGGCGGCGCGAUGCUGACGCGGGUGGAGCUCGUUUCGGAGAUGGAGCCGACGUUAACAUGGAAUCGAAACAUGCCGACCCGAAAACAAAUUCAAAUUCGAAACUACACAGCGGCAUUUCCGAGCCGCAGCAACAGUGCUCAAUGCCAAGUUCUCCAGACACACCGUUCACACGGUGGAGUAUGACGCACACAGACCAAAGUAAGGUGGAAACAAAUUGUCAGACAGGGAACGAGUCCAUUAGCGGUCCCGAGCCGGACGCAGGCCAGCAGAGAGCCCCUGAUUCACGCUUUGCCAGCGCGUCGCUUCGGAUGCCGCGCUGCAACCCUGUUGGACGCCUCCUUCAGCAGAUACACUAUCGUCUCGCAAUAGAGGCGAUUGUGUCUGCUCUCCGCACCAGUGAAGGUGUCGAUCUGUCUGCGGUAGCUGAGGUAGGCCGAAUGGUGCGAUUCUCUGAGCCGGAACCCAAGCUUUGCCGUGGUUCAGAAGAGGCAGUUGGCGUGACUAGACAUGCAGGAGAGCUGUUGCUGCGUGGAGUUACCGAAGGUGUUAGAACUGCCCUGCUGGUGGGAACGGCCGACAUUGUUGUGUCGGUAGUGCACAAAGGACGACCAGACAAAGAAUGCCUCAUAGAGCAUAAACUUCACUUAGAAAUGAAUCAAUUACGUCACAGAACAGCAGGUGACCAGAAGCUGGAUGCGGACGAAGGCGGUAUCCGUCCAAUUCGACUCUCGAAUGUUGCCUGUCUUGAGGCAGCUACCAAUCCUGAAAAACCGCAGAGUCUCUUAAUAACCACUGACGGGGAACCGACACAGACGAAGAACAGUGAGCUCAACACAGGGUCGGUUAGCUUACAGGAUUUGUCUUCACGUAUGGCAAGCCGUCUGCAGUGUGUGGACUCCGUCUUGAACACGAUACGAGCAAAAUUGUUGCGGGAGCCGUCACAACAUGCGAAAAACGCCGUCACCACAAGUGAAACGGUGCGGCCUGGAAGCGACUUGCUGUCAGCCCGGCUACACCUCCGUGCACCCGUGGGAUUUUUGAUCAGCAAUGACAUCCUUAGUGAUAUCCUCUGUACGAUUGAUGAGUACGAAAAAAGUGAGAGGUUUUCCACGGAGGCUGCCGCGCUCUGUGAAACGCAACAGUGAUAAGAGAGUUGAGUGCCUACGUCCCUCGUGGCUGCUGUCUUGUUGUCUGCGCUGUCUCGCACCCAUGCCAUCUCCCAUUGUUGAAAGAAUGCGCGACUACCCGCUUAGUGCUUCUGUUGAGC